UUGAAAGUAAUUUUGAAACGUCCGGUCAGAGUAUAAAAAGCCAGUAGCCAAACAUUGUCAUGAAAACAAAUCAUCCAACGCACAAAUAACUGUUGUUGAAACAACGAAUCAAUCAUUAAAAAAAAUGAAAUUCACUAUUAUUUUCGCUCUUAUAUUCGCAGCCAUGAUGAUGAUGGUUUCAGCCCGUGGUCAUGGUGGUGGACAUGGCGGUAUUCGUAGACAUGGUGGUGGUGGUGGUGGUUAUCGCAAACAUGGUGGUGGUGGCCACCGCAUUAGCCAUGGUGGUGGUAAACGAGGUGGAUAUGGCGGUGGUCAUCGUGGAGGACAUGGUGGUGGACGAGGUAAAGGCAAACAUUAUGGUUAAAAACAACAAAAUAUGAACAACAACAUCAUCAUCAUCCGGAUUAUUGACGCUGAUUGAUUGAUGUUCUAGUCAUUGUUAAAUAAUGACUACAAAAUUGCUAAAAUGUUUUCAAAAAUUCGUCGAACGAAUAUCUUUCUUUAUUUUUGAUAAAUAAAAAAAGUGAUUUUUGUGCUC